AUGAGUGAAAAAAAUAAUUUAUCUGAAAAAAUUAUCCUAAAUGUUGGCGGCUUCAAGUAUGAAACUUUACGUUCAACCUUGACCGCCUAUCCAGAUACUUUUCUUGGUACAAUGUUUGCGGAUCGAAAUCAACAACUUCUGAAACCAGUAAAUGAUAACGAAUAUUUUUUCGAUCGUAAUGGUCGUGCUUUUCAUUAUAUCAUGGAAUACUAUCGUACAGGAAAGCAAUUUUUCCCUAAACAACUUGACGAACAAAACUUCUGGGUAACUAAAGAAGAAGUUGAGACAGAAUUCAAUUAUUUUCUCAUCAAUGCGUCAGAUACGACACUUGAACAGCACUUAAAGACAAUGCACUUGAUUGUGUCGGAACAUCUUAAUAAACUUGUUGCCCUUAUUGAAGAAAAGAUAAUGGAAAAAAUGCGAAAGUCGGAAACUGUUAUCUAUAUUCGAAUAUGCUCACUAAAGGAGGAUGUUAAUAAUACUUUUUCAAGUUUUCCUUCUUUUGAACAUGAGUCCGCAUAUCGAUUAGCGAGCAAUUUUCACCCCGAAAUUUCGCGGCAUUUAAAAAAUAAAUUAGAGGGAUCUAGUGUUGCAUCUAAUAUUAAUUAUUACGAUAAGAGAGUGGAAUUUUGUGUGAUUAUAAAUUAUAACAAAAAAUUCAUUAUAGACAAUUCUAAUAUCAAGAGCUCUAGCAAAUAG